GUGUUUUAUCAAACGGGUAUCCCAUCGCAUCCAGCGCACGUUCCCUCCACGCAGCCAGGUGUAUCGAUUCAUCAUUCAACGUGCGUCCCACGCGCGCUACUCUGGCGUCCCACAAAGCGGCUCAAUUAUCAUUGGUCCACGGCAAUCAGUUUGAAGAAGAAUUCACGAGUCAAACUUCAAUUUUCACCGGUCUCUUCAUGGGUUUAUGGGAAGCUUUUCUCAACUGGCUUCGAAGCCUCUUUUUCAAGCAAGAAAUGGAGCUUUCUCUGAUAGGGCUCCAGAAUGCAGGGAAGACAUCGCUUGUUAACGUUGUUGCCACUGGUGGAUAUAGUGAAGAUAUGAUCCCUACAGUGGGAUUCAAUAUGCGAAAGGUAACGAAAGGAAACGUAACAAUAAAGCUAUGGGAUCUUGGUGGUCAGCCCCGAUUUCGCAGCAUGUGGGAGCGAUAUUGCCGCGCGGUUUCUGCCAUUGUGUAUGUUGUUGAUGCUGCGGAUCAGGAUAACUUGAGCAUAUCAAAGAGUGAACUUCAUGAUCUGCUAAGCAAGCCAUCGUUGAGUGGAAUACCUUUGCUUGUUUUGGGAAACAAAAUCGACAAGGAGGGUGCCCUCUCUAAGCAAGCCUUAACCGAUCAGAUGGAUCUGAAAUCGAUCACGGAUAGAGAAGUGUGCUGCUAUAUGAUCUCGUGCAAGAACUCAACAAACAUCGACUCGGUCAUUGAUUGGCUCAUCAAGCAUUCCAAAUCCAAAAGUUAAACGUGUGUUUGAAUCAUAUUUGUUGUCAUUGAGUUGGGGGUUUGCUAAUCUUGAUCUACUAAUGAAACGGAGUAUCUGUCGCCAUUUUUCAUGUUUCUUCUUCUUCUUCUUCUUCUUCUUCUUCUCAGCAGCUGUGUAUUAAUUGUUUUGUGAAAAGUUUCCAUGUAUAGACUUGAUGAAUUACUGAAUUUAUUUGUUGGGAUUUAAAAAGAUAUAUAUUUUUUUUUGUACUUUUCA